GAGGCCAAGCCCCGCAGCUCAGCCAGCUGAGCUGCCAGCGCCCCCGAGCCCGCCGGCCGCGCCUCUAGGGGCUGGCAAGCCAGCUCUGGAGGCCACAGAGGAGACAAAAGGUCGUCUUCUCGGGCGGCACGAGCAUCACAAAGCUCGUGCGGUCUCAGCUCCCGCCGGCAAGGCGCGAGCUGCGUGGGCCCCUCCGCUUCUCGAGGCAGAGCGGGCAGACCCGCCUCCUCAGGAGCAGGACAGGGAGCGGGAGGAAAAGCCCAAGGCCAGGGCCAGAGGUUUCAGCCCAGUGCGGGAGUCUCCGCCUGGAGCAUCGGACUUGGCCAUUGAGGAGUCCGUUGAUUUUGGGGACGUCAGUGACCCAGAUCCUGAGCCGGUCGAG